GCUAGGACCCCAGGCGGAAGCUCUCCAGCGCUCCUUCGAAAGUAGCAGCAGUUGUUGGCGCUCCGUCUUCUCCCAGACAGCUAAAAACAAGAUGACCCUGUCUCCAGCGGUCACAGCACUGUGUGAGAACUCCAACCAGGUGUUCCUGGACGCGGCCAAGUUGCUGCUUACAUACGCGGACAAUAUUAUAAGGUGCCGUAAACCAGUCAGGAAUCCAAAUGAGGAAAAGUACAAGUCCAUCCGUAUUGGCAAUCCCACUUUCUCCACCAAGCUGCUGCCUGUCAAAGGAGCUGUGGAAUGUCUCUUUGAGAUGGGAUUUGAGGAGGCUGAGACCCACUUGGUCUUCCCCCCGUCUGCAUCAGUGGAGCAGCUAAAGCUCAUCAGGGAGUCGAUUGCUGCAGAGCGGGAUCUGAGGAUGAGUGGGGAGCGUCCUGUCCAACCUGCCUCUCAGCCUGCUGCGGCCUCAACGUCUGCACCACAGACCGCUGCUGCUUCCUGUCCAUCACCAGCACCAUCUACCCAACAGCCAUCAUCUCUGGAGAGCAGCAUGAGUUUCUUUGUGACUCUUCAGUCCAACUUUCAACAUGUGAUGCAGUAUGAAAACCUUGAGCUGCAGCUGAAAGCCAGAAGUAUUAUCCCUCACCAGCAGCUGUCCUCGGCUGCUGAACACCAGCUCAAGGAGCUGAAAGAGGCUGACCCAGAGUGUAAAGUUGGAAUGGAGGAGUGCUUGGUGCUGCAGCUGCUCAGGUGGUUCAAACAGGACUUCUUCUCCUGGGUGGACUGUUUGCCCUGCAGCCAGUGUGGAGGUCCCACCACACACCGCCAGGCCCUCAGUCCCACGGCUGAGGAACUCCGCUGGGGAGCUCAGCGAGUGGAGAACCACUACUGUCAGAGCUGCCAGCUCUCCACCAGAUUCCCGAGGUAUAACCACCCUGAAAAGCUUUUAGAAACCAGAAGGGGGCGCUGCGGAGAGUGGGCCAACUGUUUCACUUUGUGCUGCCGGGCUCUGGGCCUUGAGGCCAGGUACAUCUGGGACAGUACAGAUCACGUGUGGACAGAGGUUUACUCUGUGUCUCAGCGUCGCUGGCUGCACUGCGACUCGUGUGAGAACGUCUGCGAUAAGCCGCUGCUAUACGAGGUCGGCUGGGGAAAGAAACUGGCCUACGUUCUGGCUUUCUCCAAGGACCAGGUGGUUGAUGUAACAUGGAGGUAUUCCUGCAAACAUCCAGAGGUUUUGUCAAGGAGAACCAGGGUCAAGGAGGCUUGGCUGCUACACACUAUAAAUGGGCUCAAUGCUGCUAGACAACAAUCCCUGAGUCCAGACAGGAAGCGAGAGCUGACAGAGAGGUUGCUCGUUGAGCUGGUGGAGUUCAUUUCUCCGAAGAAACCCAAACCCGGAGAACUUGGGGGCCGCAACUCCGGUUCUUUGGCCUGGAGGAUAGCACGCGGAGAAACCAGAGGGGCUGAUGCAAAAGCAUCCACACAGGCUGAAGCUUUUGUAUUUACCCCGACUGAGGAAGAAAAGAAGACCAGGCUGCUACACGUGCGCUACAGUGCCUCCACGGACCAAUACUGCCGGGUGUCCAACUCCUCGGAAAUAAUCCAGAGCUGGGAUCAAUGUGUGUGGAAAAAGGACUCCGUCUUCAGAAAAGUGGAGACUGAUUGGAAGAUGGCUUACAUCGCACGAACAGAAGGCUUUCCUGUUGGAAGAAUCAGCUGGAAGUUUGACCUCGCUCCAGCUGGGUUUAAGAUCCAUUCUGUCUCCGUCAUGGCCCGUAGCCAGACCUUCCAUUCUGGGAACGUCUCUUGGAGCUUGCAGUCGGGGCAGACGACGACUGAGUUUUCUGGCGAUGGGCAGCAACAGCCGUUCCCCAGUCACGCUGGAUCUUCAGAGCUGAUUGUGGCAGCAGAACUCAGCGGCGGAGAUGGAGACAACUCGUGGCAGCACUCUCAGCUAUUCAGACAGGCCUUGGAUGAACAAGAACCUUCAUUUGAAGUCAUCAUCCAACUACAAGAUGCAUAACCUCUGUAAUUAAAUGUGACCUUUUUUCAUGUUUAAUUUUCCUAGUCAGUACAAUAACAUUGUCAGAGAGAACAGUGCAAUAUUGAAACAGGUGUGUGGCCUGAUAAUAGGUGGAUGGGUUGCUUAUUUUUCAAUUAAGUUUGGGGCAUUAGCUCAAGAGAAGUGCAAAUCUAAUCAUAAGCCAUAUGGUUCUGGAAUAUUUCCUUCAAAUUUUAAAAAUGUAUUUGAACAUUGCGGUUCAACAACACACUCAUCACGUCCUCUGUAGAUUUCCUGUUGGUAAUAAAAAAAUAAUAAUGUU